AUUUGGUCAUCUGUUGUUUUGACAGCCCUAAAUUGCACAGUGUAUACCAAACUUUACUGUAGAGAUCUUCAGGGUGUGUCCAACUGGAAGGAGACCUAAGGGUAGAUUCAGGACUCCUCUGAAGUAUUACACAUCUUGUGGAGGCAAGUAAUGGAUUAGGGAUUUCUUCUUGAAUGCUUAUCUUCUUUGUAGGGCACAAGUAUCUUGUGAUUUUUCAGUACCUCAUGUGGCCUGGGAACGCUUCUGAAUCCCCCAGGAAGAGCUGGACUUGCCUUGCCUGCUGCCACCAUGAUCUGGCCCUGGAUAAACAGAAUAAUUGGAUGACUCGUCACCCGUCCAACCCCGAGGUGAGAAUGCCUUACUCUGGCCUCCGUCCCCUUUUUAACCAACCUGAUGGUGCAGAACCGAGUCACAUAGGACGGGAUGAAUGAAUUUGUUUGCCUGGAAAGGGCCGUGGCAGCCAUGGCGUCAGAGCCCAGUACCCAGUCCAGGGUGAUGUUCCAGGCGGCGGACAAGACGCAGGAGCCGGCGCACCGCAAGCUGGGCAAGCUGACGGUCAAAUACGACCGCAAGGACCUGCAGAGGAGGCUGGAUAUCGAGGAGUGGAUCGACGGGCAGCUGCACCUGCUGUUUGACUGUGAGGAGGAGGAGAUUCCUGAGUUAGAGAUCGACAUAGACGAGCUCCUGGAGCUGACGGAUGAGGGCCAGAGAACUCGGCUGCAUGAGUUGUUGCAUGAAUGUGGGAAGCCAAAAGAGGAUUUUAUCAACGGGCUGCUCUACAGGAUAAAGGGUCUACGCAAAAUGUCAGGCCCCUUGAAGAAAUAAUUAUAGGUCAAAUAAAGAAUUGAGACAACGUGGAGCCUCUGAUCUUCCCACCACCCCUGCGUUAAUGUUUGGAUGCCUGAAUGUGCGCUUCACGUCUGUGGGACUCUUUCCGCCCUCUCUCCCCUCCUGGAUCAGCAUCUGCCUAACACCAGAGCAGCCGGGUUAUGAAUGGAUUUUUUAAUUAUUAUUAUUUCACUUUAAUUUAUGGACUGCUAUUACAUUUUGUCUCCCAUAAACAAACCAAUAAUGCACAUGUGAUAAAAGCUGUAAUGAAUCUUACUCAGAUGGACUGUUUAUUUUGUGUUUUUUUGGUGUAAGACUGUACAUUUUUGGUUGCCUAUUUAUGUACAUAAAUUUUGUUCUGAUAACAGUGUUGUAUGUUGAAAUAAAAUGGGAUGUUUUCAAGACAAGGCUAUUGAUGCUUUAUGGAAACAGAUGCAUCUGAUUUCCAGCAGUGCUGUGUCAUCAGAUAUUACUCAUUAAACAGACACAAAUAAAUAUCGACAUGUCCAUUUAGCUCAUCAAUUUACAGUUAAGCUACCCUGUUACUACACUUACUCUUUAAAACUGUUUUAAAACACCCUUUAAAGAACCAUAAUGUCCUACUGUCCAGAGACAGCUUAAAAGUUUACAGUAGCAUGGCUCUCUACAGAUCAGCAAGCUUUUGUUUUCUGGCGUAAAUUUUUCAGCAGACCGAUUGAAACAAAGGAGAUGUUGACAUAUCAGCUCUAGGAGUAAACACAGUGAAAUCAGCAGCAGGAAGAGUCCAUUAAGUAUGCAUCCAUUACCCUCCUCAUCCAUUUCCUGUCUGACAUGGCCAGAAAAAGGCAAACGUGGUAACAGCCUCCAUGCAAACCUUAAUGGAGCAGAGCCCCCAGAGGAGAGUGUAAUUAUGGUUUCUCCUCUAGCUUGACAGUAAUGCAGGCUGAUGAAACAGCACUCCGGCUUUCUAUGCAUCAUACACAGAGGGUCUUUUUGCUAAAGGAUCCAUUAUGGUCAUUUAUUUGUUUUGACCCCCCUUAAAAUCUAGCUUCUCUGACACAGAGACCAUUCAUACAGUCAAGACUACAUUUCUGACAAGGCCUGCCAGCUUAUGGUGGUUUUUAAAAUGGCGAUAUUAGUGAUCAAAAGUUAGAAUUACUGCCGCAUCGUAUGCCUCAGUCACCCAGCUAAGUUUACAUCCCUCAGUUUUUCAGAGUGGGACUGUAAAUGGAUGGGACAGAAGAUAAAUGUAGGUUUAUUUAAAGCUCCUGUGGAGAACUUUAGGUCUGAGCCAAUUUUAGCAAUUCAUGUAGACAAAGAGUCACCUCUGAUUGCCUAUUAACACUUGCACAAAACUUCUGAAAACUUUCUGAAUUCUCCUCAGUGAUCUGCAUGUCUGAAAACAAACAGACAUUUUUUAAAUUUUACCCUACAUUUCCCUUCAAUUCUCCUCGCAUCUCCUUCUUUGCCUGGCAGGUAAACUGCAGGAAACUGUCCUGCUGUGAGGGAUAAGGAUGAACAAAAUAGUCAGGAAAUUUCUUUGGAAGAAUAUCCUGAAAUUGGUGCAUGUGUUAAAAGGCCUUCUGUGUGACACCUACCCUUCAGCAGCAGCUUUAAAAAUAAGCACUAAAAAACUAUAUAGAAAUCAUCAUAUUUCAUAUACAGUGCUUUCAGAAAGUAAUCAGACCCCCUUCAGUUUUUUUCAAUUUUGUUAUGUUGCAGCCUGAUACUUCAGUCGAAAAAAAUCCUUUUCAUUUUCAUAAAUCUACACUCAGUACCCCAACAUGACAAAGUGAAAACAGAUUUUAGAAAUUUUUGCAAACUUAUGAAAAAUAAAAAGCUGAAAUAUUAUAUUGACAUAACUAUUCAGACCCUUUAGUUUAGCUCAGAUGCCUCACCAGUUCUCUUGAUCGUUGCUGAGAGGUUUCUACCCCUUGACUGUAGUCCACCUGUGGUAAGAUAAGUUGAUUGGUCAGGAUUUGGAAAGGGUCGCACAUCUCUGUAGAAGG